GUCACCCACAUGAGAGUCUACUCCCUCCUCCCUCAUUGUUAUUUUUUGCUUCCUGAAAUUACUAUUGGGAAAUGAAUACGGAUGCACAAAUAUACUUGACUUACUGGGAUUUCCCAGUGCUUAUCUUGGGAAUAGUUUUCUGGUGUUCACACUCUUCCGGUCUCCUCCCAGAGGGGGUUCUUUUGAGUCCUUCUCACUUCUCGUUUGUGGGGGAACCUGGCAGGCAACAAAGAACCUCCAGCUACAGGUCUGUGGAAAUAUUCCUUGCAACAAUCCAUGACAGGACUUCCCAAAACGUGGAUAUAGCAGAGAAUACCCAGCCUCUAGAGAUUCUGAAUACGAAAUCAGAGAACAACAAAUUCCACACUUAAACAGCACCAUGACCACUGCAGCAAUAGCUGAAAAGGACAAAGGUGGAAAUGUCUCAUCUCUCAGUGUCCACACUUUGCCAUGCCACAUCGAUUCUGAGUUCAGAUACACUUUGUUUACUGUCUACUAUAGCAUCAUCUUCAUUAUGGGCUUUAUUGCUAACGUAUAUGUACUGUGGCUUUUCACUCGAGUUUAUGCUACAAAGAAAUUGAAUGAAAUCAAAAUAUUCAUGGUGAACUUGACAACAGCUGAUCUCCUCUUCCUGGUCACAUUGCCUAUGUGGAUUGUAUAUUACCACAACAGAGGUGACUGGAUAAUGCCCAGCUUUUUGUGUAAUGUGGCUGGCUACUUAUUCUUUGUGAACACAUACUGCUCCGUUGCUUUCCUGGGAGUCAUAACAUACAAUCGGUUCCAAGCAGUCACAAGGCCCAUAUCAACAGCUCAGUCCAGCACACGAAGAAGGGGCAUUUAUAUCACUGUAGCCAUCUGGGUCCUGAUAGCUGGCCCCUCCAUGUACUUCCUAUAUGAUGAAGGCACUACCAAGGAAGUAGUGCCUUCCUCAAGAACUUUUACCCGCUGUUUUGAGCGCUACAACCCCCAAAAUGAUACUACUCCUGUUUUAGUAUUUCACGUGAUCAUUUGCGUGUGUUUCUUUAUUACUUUUCUAAUUGUCAUGGUGUGCAACGCAUCCAUUAUCCGGGUAUUGCUGUCCCAACCAAUGCAAGAGCGGCAGAGCAGCAUCAAGCAAAGAGCUCUCUGGUUGGUGUGCACCGUCUUGACUGUCUUCAUUUUGUGUUUUGUUCCUCACCACAUUGUGGAUUUACCCUGGACCCUGAUGGUGCUGGACAAAUGGCAGAUAAGCUGCCAGAACAAAAAGUUGUUGAAUGAUAUGCACCAAGUGACCCUUUUCCUCCUGGGUGCCAACUGUGUUCUGGAUCCUAUAAUUUACUGCUUUCUCACAAAAAAAUUCAGAAAGCACCUUUCUGAGAAUUUGAAAACAAUAAAGGACAGCCGCAAGUGUUCCAGGCACACAACUGAGACAACUAUAGAGGGGAUGAUACCUUUGCAAGAAUGCCUUCAUCCCUCCCUGAAAUUUCAGCAGCCUGCAUAGCAGUAAAUUUUCUAUUGUGUGUAUUUAAACUCCAAUAUCAGAUUGAGUGCAGGCAAGAACCCCCACAUUUCAGCACAAGUCUGGCAGAUUCAUUCACAUUUCCAGCAGGUCUUUGUUACAGAUGCAGGAACUGGACUGAUUAAAUAUCACAUCUCAAAAAGAAGAAGGAAUGCCUCAGCCAAAUUGGCCUUGCUAUUGUUGUGAAAAGAAAAUACCUGAAAUAUUUUAUGGCAUGUUUUCUAUAUAAAAAAAGGGGACAUUACAUUCAGAGUUUAAUUGCGCCAAUAUUAGGUGUCUGAUGCUCUCCUUACACUUUGUCAUGUAGUUAAUUCACAAUUUUUGGAUUUGGGUGGGCAUUGGAAUUACCUGCUGGUUAUGUCUCAUCUCUCAGGCUGAGUAGUGACAAAUGUGAGAAGGAACAGCAACCUCUGUCCAUCUUACUUUCUACGUCUGGUUGGCUGUUAGACAGUGCUUGGUAGAAGCUUUUCAGAUUGCAUCUGGGAAAAGAAUCACAACAAAGUGGAAGUGAGUCCAGCCAGGGAAGUGGUAUUUUUUCAAAGCAAAGCAACACCCACACCCACAUCCACACACCGCAGACCUUGUUUUGUAUUACAGUUUGACCAUUUUCAGCUAUGUUAAGGAAUUCAUAGGCUAGGAAUUCCUACAGUUUGAGUCUUUGCAUAUGUUUACAUACAAAGACCAGGUGUGGAUUCAGCUAUCCAUAUGAUAAAGGUAGCCCUAUCACAAGAGCUGUGUGAAGAAAAAAAAAUAUUUUUGUGGUAGAGCAUAUGCUUCAUAUAAAGAAAGUCCAAAGUUUAGUUGCUGGCAUCUUCAGUUAAAUGAAUCAGGGACCGUGUGAUUGUAGAGACCUCUGGUUUGAGGCCCUGCAGAGCCACUGCCAGUUAGAAAAGACAACUUUGGGGAAGGUCGAAAAACAGUGCAAGUUGGUAGAAAGAGGCUGCCUGUGUGCCUAGUAUUUGCACAUUACUGGUUUGUGAUGAGAUGCAGAUGGGCUCAAAGCUGUUGGCCAAGAGGGCUUGUCUACAUGCUUUCUUGACUAGGAAGAUCAUUCUCCUUUUUGGAUGGCAAACUUCAGGGAGUGAGGUAAGAAUCUAUUUUCAUUCAACAGAAACUAGUGGUGUUAUGAUAUGGUGGAAAAUAAGAAAACCAUGUAGCUUGCUCACCCUUUUUAUAAACAAAAGUUUCAGCUUUGGGCCCAUUAUAGUUACAUAAAAUUGUCGGAUUUAAGUUCAGUGGGAAUGUCUGUAAAUGCUUUGGUGUUUGGAUUAGAAGUAAGAUUUUUUAGGAUUAUGUCCAAGACUACAGGAUGGUCAGGAUCCCAGCAGAUGUCCAUAUGACAUUCUAGGGCAGAGGUGGACAAUGUGCAGCUUUGAAGCCAAAUAUGGCCUCCCUUCCAGAAUUUCCCGGCUCCAAACAAAAAUCAAACAAACAAUGACUUGUCUUUCCAGGAAGCUUCCAGGAGCAGCAUUUUGUUUAACUGGUCUAAUGAGGGAGAAACAUGACUCACCCAUGGAGAAAGAAAAGUGAAAAUGGUGGGGAGGGUGAUACUUCUUUCAGGUUGAAACAGGCAUGUUUUAACACUCUUACUGGCAUGUCACUGAAACAGCCCCCCUCCAGCUGUAUCCCACCUAUUUGCUAUAUUUGCCUAUUUUACAACAACCUACAACAAUCCCUAAAGUAGGAAUCAACACUUUGUAACACAGCUCAGGAGCUGAAGCAUGUGAAACUAUAGCAGGCAUCUGUUUAAAGAAAUGUAUGAUGCCUUAGUGCUAAUGAACAUACAUGCAUUCACUCCCAUGUGAGCUAAAGAUAAGCUGUACCUACCUGUCCCUGCAGACAUAUAACUGGAAGGGAUCCCUAGGAUGGAAAUGAAAGCUGAAGAAUAACAACCACACACAAACAUUUGAAGAAGCCGCCACCAAAAGCAGCCUUUCUCAACCUUUUUACCCUUGAAAAAAAUCCAGUUCUUGGGGAUCUCCUGCAUAAAAAUCAUUCUGUCUACAGCUAAAAAAGGGGAUCCUCCAUCACAAUCUUUUACAGAGCCUCUCAUAAAAUCCUAGGGUUCUGAGUAUCCCUGUUUGAGAAAUCCUGACCUAAAGGGGGAAAAUGAGGGAUAGGAGACUGAAAAUAGAGACGAGAUCAUACAAACAAUUCAGUCCUCAUACUGUGAUGUUAGCAGGCCCUCUCUUAGAGCCUCUCUACAAGUGCUUUGUAUAUACAUGUGUUUUUAAGUUUAGACUGUACUCACUAUUGUGUAUAAUGCUUUCAGCAUUCUCAAAGUAGAAUUAAGAUUUCAGUAAAUCAGUAAGACAGCUUUUGCUCAUCUGCAGAGAAAUAAUAAUGCAGGCAGAUCAAAGAACCAAGACAGGGCAACACAUGUGAAAAACAAAUUUCCAGGAGUUUGAGGCACCAAAAAAGCAACAACAGAUGUUUGACUGCCUGAGGAAAAGGCCUAGCAUUAUUGUCAGUAACAGGGCUUAACAUAGUAGGCUGGAUGGUGAAAGAUGAGGCAUUUCUUGUGCAACAGUGCUUAAAGGAAGCUGUGGUUGCUACUUUGGCCAUAGGGAGUCACUGCUUGACACCCUCAUCUAACCUCUCGUUGUUUAAGAUGGAAAAUCGCUGCAUGAGGUUAACUUUAAGGUUCGAGUGGUACACAUGGCAGAAGAAUUCUCCACCUCAAGAAUGGAAUGUGUAGCUGUCUAAUAGUUGUCCAUUUCAUUUCCAAAUUACAGGUUGAGAGACAUUCUGCCUUGUGCUUUUAUGUAUAAGUCAGGGACAGGUUUGGAGCCAAAAUGAUAGAUUUUGAUAUGACCUGUGAAUAUGUUGAGGGUAAAAUUUAGCGGCAUGUGGUAAAGAAUGUAAAAGCUGAAGCAAAGGAAAAUGAUGCCAAUGAACUAAUAAAAAUCCUGGCAGGCAUAAGGGUUUGCGCUCACCUUAAAGACUGAAUGGAUGAGGAAGAAACUACAGUAAAUGGUGGCUGUGUGAUGUGUGGAGGAGGCAGCUAGACACAGGCUGGACUGAGAAAAUGCAAACAUGUCAAAAAGGAUGAAAAGGCAAAGCAAAGAAUAUGGCGACUAUGUCAGCAGCGAUGUAGUAAUUUUUACUAAUGUUUUUAUUUCGCCUGAUUUUAACCCAGAAAAGCUGACAAACAUACAGAAAUGUCUUAUUCAAGUCUUCAAAGCCCAAUUCCUCUUGACUCUCUUUUGAGAGGAAGCACCAAAGAGCAGUCACUGCCAUCACCACCAUUUUCUCACCCAGGCAUUUAAGAAAGGUGAGAAAUGGCAGAGAGAACAGAGGCAGUUGGUGCUUCUUUUAAGUGUUCCUGGGAUUGACUAAGCACCACUCUAAUCAGAGAAGGGGAUGGUUCCUUUUUUGCUAAGAUUUAAAGUACAGUACUUACAAUGGCCCAUGGACAAGUCGACCCAGUUUUUUCUGGGUUAAUUUUUGGAUUAAAAUUUCUAGACUUAUUAAUAAGUAUGUAAGUAAAUAUUUUUGUGAGGGGGGUAUUGUGUGUGUGUGUGUGUGUGUGUGUUUGUGCUAAAUUGUAUGUUGAAUUGAACUGUAU